ACACAUUGGAGUUGAAUAGAAUUCUAAGUGUGUGCUAGUUAACAUAAUGGGAGAAGAAGAGACCAAACAUUGUGAUCAGUGUGGGGCGUCUGCAUCUGCCUCUGCCUCUGAGGCCACAGUACUAUCUCAACUACGGCUCUCCGAAGUCCUCAAACUCAAAGAAUCCCAAAACGCUGAAUCUUCAAACAGCACUCUAACAAUUACAAGACAAGGGAGCACAACUAACCCUUCUUAUCCACUUGAUCAAGAUCUUGAUGCUGAAACAGACAAUAUAAAUACUUCAAUUGAUAGAGAUGCUGUUCUUGCAAGAGUUGAAUCACAGAAAAGAUUGGCUUUGAUUAAAGCAUGGGAAGAAAAUGAGAAGACAAAAGUAGAUAACAAGGCAUAUAAGUUGCAAUGUGCUGUUGAUAUGUGGGAGAAAACUAAGAAAGCAUCUACUCAGGCAAAAAUCAAAAAAAUUGAGGAAAAUAUGGACAGAAAGAAAGCUGAUUAUGUUGAAAUAAUGCAAAACAAAAUUGCUGAAACUCAUCGACUAGCAGAUGAGAAGAAAGCACUGAUUGAAGCUCAAAAGGGGGAGGAAGUCCUCAAGGUAGAAGAGACCGCUGCAAAGUUUCGUACCCGCGGUUAUGUGCCAAAGAAAUUUCUGUCAUGCUUCAACUUCAGCUUUUAAGGGGCUUCAACCAAGUGCAGAAGAAAUGAACCAAACUCUGCUUGCUUUUCUGUUGCUAUACAUUUGAAAUUUGCUUCAUGGUUGUAAUAAACUACAUUACUUUUCUGUUACGUUUUUUAAUGAUAAAAUUAAAAACAUAUAUUUUAACAUAUAUGCUUCGGUUAUUGCAUUUUCUCCCAUUCAUUAAACAUGUGUAACAAUCUUUCAAAAAAGCAUGUGUAAUUGUGUAACAAUGAUAUAAAUUAUAUUUUAAGUUCAAAUA